UUGCUAGUGCUGUUCUGGAUACCUCUAGACGUCAGUCAGAAACUUCUCCACUUCUUCUUCUUUCUUCAAAAAAAUUCAUUAAUCUUAUUCUCUCGCUUUAACAACAACCCACCUCCCACAAUCUCUCACCGAAUCGCAAAAUCCAUUACAAGCCACUAUACUCGAUUCAAGAAACAAAGCGAAAAAAAAAAUGGUGGGCAAUGGUAACAAUUACCUCCCUAUGAAGAUGAUGAUGAAGAGAAAAGAAAUUGAUCUUGAUGAAGUCAGUGACGACUUCCAUGACUUCUCUCUUUCUUCCCCAGCUCGAAAGAUUCGCCGCCUGAAUGCGCAGUUGCCGCCGAUUAUGGAGGAGGACAGGGAGCAGGAUAGUCUGCAUGUGGGUUCAUUGCCGAUUGUCGAAGAAGAUGUCGUUUCGGAGAUGGCGUCUUUGGGUGAUCCUGUUAAUGAAGAGAGGGCCAUUGUUUUGUACAAGCCUCGAAUGCCGACUUCUCCCAGUGUUACUGUGAAUUUGGAUUCUUUCAACUUGGUUUCUGGGUUUAAGAAUCAAAUUCUUCGGGCAAGCCAAACCAGGAACACGAAAUUGGUUGAGGAUGAAGAAUAUUUGCAUGACGAAAACAAUGCAACAACAGACAAAUGUUUAGCCGUUGUGCCCUGGGUUCCUUCCCAGUUUCCCGUUGCCUCUAACUCAGGCAUGGAUGCUUCCCAAAUGGAGCCAUCAGAUUUGAUGGAAGCUGAUGAUAUGGAAGAAGCAGCAAUGGACAUUGAAGAGAACAAUAACUCUAGCAUAGAGCAAGGCCAAUCAAAUGAAUUUGGUGGAAUGAGGGAGGGUGAGGGCUUACCUCAAUGGCCCCAACAGCACUGCCUGAUCCCCCAGUUUCCUCAAAGCACUUCCACGCCCAUCACGUGGUUCCAGUAACAAGCACUAGUACGGUAUAUAUUUUCCUCCAUCUCAUAGUUUCAUUAUGCUAUGGAGUUCUAAGCAGGAUUAGUUAUGUGAAGGUUAGAUCUCACUAAAAUGGCGAAUUGGGGAUGGUAGGGAAACUCCUUUUUGUGGCCAUUUGUGAUUUGAGGGUGAUCGUUGAUAUGUGCUUUUUAAUGAAAAGCAUGUAUAAAGUAAUGAAAAUGUUGUAGUAGUGGUAGUGGUAGUAUAAUGUGAAAGCCAAAAUCAAAUGUUGGUGUAAUGCGAGAGCAAUGGUGGGAUUUUUUGUUUUGGAAGAUCGGUGUAAAAUCCCUUAAAGAUGUUGCCCUGUUGAUUGCUUCAAUGCUUGUUGAUUUGUUUAAUGCAAGAGCAAGGUGGCUUUUGAUGUUCUUCAUGGCUUAUCUGCUAGAUCAAUUAUUUUGAUAACAAGAACUUCACUGAAAAAUCUGGUGAAAAUGUUGAGUUGCUGAAUUUCAAGUCAUGAAAAACUGUGUACUUGAUUGCAAACACUAAUGUUAAUAAAAUUUCAAUAUCUGACAGC